CCAACACACAAUCAUUCAACUUUAGUCACAGUGACGUCUUCCACUGCUUAUAAAUAUCUGUCUUCCGCACAUCUUUGGGUCAGUCCUUCCAGAAGUCUUCUGCCUCUUCUUUUCACCAUCACUGCUACUCAACUCAAGAAAAGCCAAAACCGAAUUUAGAGGAUUCUGCAGCUGAACAGAGGAUAUUCAAGGGAUCAAUCGAGAAGAAAGGAGAAGAUGAUGAAUAGUGGUGUUGGAAUCCAGAAUAAUCGCCGGCCUGAACUGGACUUUCUUCCGCCGGGGUUCAGAUUCCAUCCCACCGACGACGAGCUGGUGCUUCACUAUCUCUGCCGGAAGUGCGCUUCCCAGCCCAUCUCCGUUCCCGUUAUCGCCGAAAUUGAUCUCUACAAGUUCGCCCCAUGGCAACUUCCCGAGAUGGCGUUGUACGGAGAAAAAGAAUGGUACUUUUUCUCGCCGAGGGACCGGAAGUAUCCCAACGGUUCGCGCCCCAACAGGGCAGCCGGAUUGGGUUACUGGAAGGCCACCGGAGCCGAUAAGCCCGUCGGCAAGGCACAGGGAAUAAAGAAAGCCCUGGUUUUCUACGCCGGAAAAGCUCCCACAGGAAUAAAGACCAACUGGAUAAUGCACGAGUACCGUCUCGCUAACGUCGACCGCUCCGCCGGCAAGGGCCACACUCUAAGGCUUGAUGACUGGGUACUAUGCCGGAUAUACAACAAGAAAGGCAUUCUUGAAAAGUACGACAAUGUCGUCGCCGCCGACGACCAGAAGCCCAAACUCACCGGAUUUUCACCAAAUGCGAUGUUAGCGCCACCGCAGAGUAAUCAGAGUGAGUACUUGCAUUGGCACACAGACUCAAGCUCCUCCUCCGACCAAAUGCUGUCGUCGCCGGAAUUAGCGCCGGAAAAAGAAGUCCAGAGCAGUUCAGGCUGGGAUGACCUGGAUUUUCAGCUUAACAAUUUCAUGGCAGCCUUCCCCACCGACGACCCAUUCAACGAACACUUCAAUUCUUUCCCAGACAUCCUCUUUCCACUGCAGUAGUAGUCCUAAACACAAAAUCUCCAUUUCCCAUUCUCCACAUACAACAAUUCGUUUAAUUUAGCCAAGUAUCAUUCAGUUCAAUUCAUUCUUUAAUUUAUAAACCAAAAAGAAGAGAAGAAGAAGAUGAAAGAUUGUUAGGAAGAUGCAGGCAUGUCUGCAAUCAUAUUACUGAAGUAGUGUACAUACAUUUUAAUGCAGCGCACCUUUUACGAUAUGAUAAAUGCUA